AUGCUUUUCUCCAACGCAAAGCUCUUUUCUAUCCUCGCUGCCGUUGCAGUAGUCAAGGGUGCUCCCGUCGAGGAGAACACCAUUCAAGCUCGCGCGGUCGUUUCUCACGAUUCAAUCAACCCAUGGCCAGAAAACGUUCCUGGUAACGCCUUGGGUAACACUUUGAAGAAAUUCGAGCCAUUCCUCCACAUUGCUCAUGGUUGUCAACCAUACAGUGCAGUUGAUGGAUACGGUAACACCAGUGGUGGACUCCAAGACUCAGGUAGCCCUUCAGGCGGUUGCCGUGAUCAGAGCAAGGGCCAAACCUAUGUCCGAGGUGGCUGGUCUGGAGGUCGCUAUGGUAUCAUGUACGCCUGGUACUUCCCUAAAGAUCAGCCCAUCCCCGGAAACGUCGUUGGAGGCCAUCGUCACGACUGGGAGCACGUUGUCGUCUGGGUUAACAACCCUUCCGUCGCCAACCCUGUCUUAAUCGGCGCCGGUGCAUCCGGUCACGGAAAGAUGAAGAAAACCACAAACCCCCAACGCCAGGGCGAUAGAGUCAAGGUGGAAUACUUCACCACUUUCCCUACCAACCACGAGUUGCAGUUCACCGAUACUUUGGGCAGAGAUUUACCAAUGAUGUGGUAUGACUUCUUGCCAGCUGCUAGCAAGACUGCUUUACAGAACACCGAUUUUGGAAAGGCUGUCUGUCCAUUGAAUGAUGCAAACUUCGCCAACAAUCUCGUUAAGGCUGCUAUCUAA